CACACAACUUCGACCCCCCUAGCUUAGUGUCACCGUCGGCACGGUACUCACAAUGGGCGUGUCGUAUCUAGCAAUACAAAUCUGUGCGUCAAACUGUGGUCACGCCGUCCAGACUUCGAGACAGUGAAGGAGCAUGGCGACUUCUGGCAAGGUGAUCAAGUGCAAGGCUGCAGUAGCCUGGGAGGCGGGCAAGCCUCUGAGCAUCGAGGAGGUGGAGGUGGCCCCUCCCAAGGCCCAUGAAGUCCGCAUUAAGAUCUUUGCCACCGGAGUGUGCCACACCGACGCCCACACCCUGAGUGGCAGCGACCCUGAGGGUGUCUUCCCAGUGAUCCUGGGCCACGAGGGCGCCGGCACCGUGGAGAGUGUCGGCGAGGGUGUCACCAAGUUUGAGCCUGGUGAUACCGUCAUCCCGCUUUACGUGCCUCAGUGCGGCGAAUGCAAGUUCUGCAAGAAUCCCAAGACCAACCUCUGCCAGAAAAUUAGAGUGACCCAAGGUCAGGGCCUGAUGCCUGACGGGACCUCCCGCUUCACUUGCAAGGGCAAGAAAGUGUUCCACUUCAUGGGGACCAGCACCUUCUCCGAGUACACGGUGGUGGCGGACAUCUCCCUGGCCAAAAUCAACGCGAAGGCUCCCCUGGACAAGGUGUGCCUCCUCGGGUGCGGCAUCUCCACUGGAUACGGCGCUGCGCUCAACACCGCUAAGGUGGAACCCGGUUCCACGUGCGCCGUCUUCGGCCUGGGAGCCGUCGGACUGGCCGCCGUCAUGGGCUGCAAGGUGGCCGGGGCGACGCGCAUUAUCGGCGUGGACAUCAACCCGAGCAAAUUCGACAAGGCCAAGGAGUUCGGGGCCACCGAGUUCGUCAACCCCAAGGAGCACAGCAAGCCCGUCAACGAGGUGCUGGUUGAGAUGACCGACGGCGGCGUGGACUACUCCUUCGAGUGCAUCGGCAACGUGCAGAUCAUGCGAGCCGCUCUGGAGGCGUGCCACAAAGGUUGGGGAGAGAGCAUCAUCGCUGGCGUCGCCGGAGCCGGGCAAGAAAUCUCCACCAGGCCCUUCCAGCUGGUGACGGGUCGAGUCUGGCGCGGCACUGCCUUUGGAGGCUGGAAGAGCGUGGAUAGUGUCCCUAAACUGGUGGAAGACUACAUGAGCAAAAAGCUGAAGGUGGACGAGUUUGUCACGCACACGCUGCCAUUCGACAAGAUUAAUGAGGGAUUCGACCUCAUGCACUCUGGAAAGAGCAUCCGCACAAUCCUGACCUUCUAAAGUGCCUCGACCCCUGGUCAAGCAGCUCCCGUCUUUCAGACCACUUUCAACGUUCCAACAAAAGCAUUUAAUCGCAAUCUCGUUUUUGUCAUAAGAACCACGUUUGUCUGAAGAAUUUUGAUGUUGGUUGUGACAGUUUUAUUUAAAAAAAGCAUAGAAAAGA